UGAACUGCAUUAUUUUCACUGGAAAUGGCUAAAGGGGCAAAAGGCCCCAAAGGGAAAAAGGUCACCUUGAAGGUUGCUAAGACCUGCAUCAAGAUCACCUUUGAUGGGAAGCGCCGCCUUGAUCUGAGCAAGAUGGGCAUCACAACUUUCCCCAAGUGCAUCCUCAAGCUGGAUGAUAUAGACGAGAUAGACCUGAGCAGAAACAUGAUCAAAAAAAUCCCAGACGGAAUUGAUAAAUUUCAGAACCUGCGUUGGUUGGACUUGCAUAGCAACCAGAUUGAUAAGCUGCCAGAAACAAUAGGGAACCUACAGAAUCUCAUUUUUCUGAAUCUCUCCAACAACAAGCUCACAGCCCGGAGCUUACCAGUGGAGCUAAAUCAACUCAAGAAUCUGCGGAAUCUUAACCUUGGCCUAAACCACAUUGACAACCUACCAACCACUCUGGGAGCUUUAAAAGAGCUCCAGGAAGUUGGGGUAUUUGAUAAUUUACUGACACUUAUCCCGAACAGUAUUGCAAAGCUCCCUAAGCUGAAGAAGCUAAAUGCCAAGAGAAACCCAUUUCCUGGGCCCACAGAAGAGGAAAUCAUUAUUGAUAACAUCAAACGCCUUGAGACACUUCAUUUGGUAGAAGAAAAAGAUCUUUGUUUCCCAUGCUUGAGGAAAUGUCAAGAAGAGAGAGACAAGCUAAACAAGCUGAAGAAUACAAUACCCACUCCCCUCAAAAAGCCAAACUUUUCAAACCUCAUGACCCCCAACUCACUAGCAAAGGAGAAUCAAGCAGAGUGGAGGUGAAUGGGCCACCAUUCCAUCCUCACACAAAUGACAGAUAGUGAUGCGGAGGUAUGGCAUGGCAACUUUGCAUCCCUUCAUUAGGAAUGAUUCGAAGUAAUAAAACAGCU